AUGAUUCCAACACUGGAAGAGGAAAUAAAACCACAGAGCAUGCCCAGUGGACCAAGAAAUGUGCUCCGAUCCAAUGACUCUGCGAGUCUAUGGAAUUGUACACUUUCUCCUGGUUGGUCACGAGAAGAAAGUGACAUAUUACGAAAGGCACUAAUGAAGUUCGGGAUAGGAAACUGGGCGAAAAUCAUUGAUUCACAGUGUCUGCCUGGAAAAACUAAUGCGCAAAUGAACUUACAACUACAAAGAAUGUUGGGACAACAGAGUACAGCAGAAUUCGCGGGCUUACACAUUGACCCCCUUGUUAUUGGAGAAAAGAAUUCAAAGAUUCAAGGCCCAGACAUAAAACGUAAAAAUAAUUGCAUCGUUAAUACUGGGGGAAAGCUAUCAAAGGAAGAGAUAAAACGAAGAUUACUGCAAAAUAAACAAUUAUACGAGAUCACAGAGGAAGAAUGGAACAAGAUUGAAUUGCCAAGGCCUGAAGAUGUAUUUGAAGUUUGGAUUAUGAAGCAAGAACUCGAAAACGUUCAAGCACAAAUUGCCAACAUAAGGCGUAUACAACGUGGAGAGAAUCUGGAAACGGUUGAACCAUCAUCAUUUAAGGAAAUUUUAAAAAUGGAAAAUGGAAAACAGAGAUCAACCCGUAAUAGUAAAAGGACGAAGCGGAAAUGA